CAAAACGUAAUAAAACACCAAUAUGAGUCCCCAAAGCUUUUACCUUCUCACCGCUAUUUUCAUGUUUUUCUACAUGACAUUUGCUCCGGUCAUUGAAGCAUAUAGUGUCGGCGUAUACUUAGAUAUGAAUGCUGGUGCUUGUAGAAUUUGGAUUGAAGAUUCAAAUCAUGAACGCAUAGCUGGUGACGGAAAAGGAGAUUACCAUGCUUGUGAUGGAACUAGUGGUGACUCUAAAGAAAUUGAUUUUCCAGAUCAAGAGUACUAUGUAGUUGCGAAAGUUCAUUUAUCUCUUAGGAAACAGAAAGUCCGAGGUUCUUUCAAUAACAAUACAUGUUUUCGUAUACAUGGAAAUUCUGAUUUUUAUUUUGAUCAAUAUGAUAGCUGUACAUGAUCUUAAUUGUUAUUAUGUUAUUAAGUUAUUAUCCCAUCG